UCACCUGUGUUCGCGAGUAUUCCCCGCCAGAGCGCGCUAGUGCUGUACUCCCUUAAAACCGAAUUCUACCCGCCUCGCUCUUCACAGUCAGACAUCGCAGCGGCAAGACGUCUUUGACGGGAGAAACUUAGUUCUUGUGUUCGAAGUGUGCACCUCGUGCUAAUCUAAAGACUGAAAAAUGGCAGCCCCCGCUAUUGGUAUUGAUUUGGGCACCACCUACUCGUGCGUGGGAGUAUUCCAGCACGGAAAGGUUGAGAUUAUCGCCAAUGACCAGGGUAACAGAACCACCCCUAGUUAUGUGGCUUUCACUGACACCGAGCGUCUCAUUGGAGAUGCCGCUAAGAACCAAGUAGCCAUGAACCCCAGUAACACCAUCUUUGAUGCCAAACGUUUGAUCGGCCGUAAAUUUGAAGAUGCUACAGUCCAGUCGGACAUGAAGCACUGGCCUUUCACUGUUAUCAGCGAAGGUGGCAAACCCAAACUGAAGGUGGAGUUCAAGGGCGAGGCUAAGACUUUCUACCCUGAGGAAGUUUCAUCUAUGGUCCUCACAAAGAUGAAGGAGACUGCGGAAGCAUACCUUGGCAAGACUGUCACCAACGCCGUAGUCACCGUACCCGCAUAUUUCAAUGAUUCUCAGCGUCAGGCCACCAAGGAUGCUGGUACCAUUGCUGCACUGAACGUCCUCCGUAUUAUCAACGAGCCCACUGCUGCUGCCAUCGCUUAUGGUCUCGACAAGAAGGGCAGCAAGGAGAGCAAUGUCCUCAUUUUCGAUCUUGGUGGUGGUACUUUUGAUGUGUCCAUCCUGACCAUUGAAGAUGGUAUCUUUGAAGUCAAGUCCACCGCUGGUGACACCCAUCUUGGUGGUGAAGAUUUCGACAACCGUAUGGUCAACCACUUCGUCCUUGAAUUCAAGCGCAAGUACAAGAAGGAGCUCACCAGCAACAAGAGGGCUCUCAGGCGUUUGAGGACUGCCUGUGAAAGGGCGAAGCGUACCCUUUCAUCCUCAACCCAGGCAUCUGUGGAGAUCGACUCCCUGUUCGAAGGAAUUGACUUCUACACCUCCAUCACCCGUGCUCGUUUUGAGGAACUGUGUGCUGACCUCUUCCGUGCCACCAUGGACCCUGUGGAGAAGGCCCUGCGUGAUGCCAAGAUGGACAAGGCUGCCAUUCACGAAAUCGUCCUUGUCGGAGGUUCCACCCGUAUCCCCAAGGUGCAGAAGCUUCUCCAAGACUUCUUCAACGGCAAGGAGCUCAACAAGUCCAUCAACCCCGACGAGGCUGUCGCCUACGGUGCCGCCGUCCAGGCCGCCAUCCUCCACGGAGACAAGUCCGAGGCCGUCCAGGACCUGCUACUGCUCGAUGUCGCCCCUCUGUCCAUGGGCAUCGAGACUGCUGGUGGCGUCAUGAGCGUGCUCAUCAAGCGUAACACCACCAUCCCCACCAAGCAGACCCAGACCUUCACCACCUACUCGGACAACCAGCCCGGAGUACUCAUUCAGGUUUACGAGGGUGAGCGUGCCAUGACCAAGGACAACCACAUGCUUGGCAAGUUCGAGCUCUCUGGAAUUCCCCCGGCUCCUCGUGGCGUUCCCCAGAUUGAAGUCACCUUCGACAUUGACGCCAACGGUAUCCUGAACGUGUCUGCCUGCGACAAGUCCACCGGCAAGGAGAGCAAGAUCACCAUCACCAACGACAAGGGCCGUCUCAGCAAGGAGGAGAUUGAGCGCAUGGUCAACGACGCCGAGAAGUACCGCAACGAGGACGAGCAGCAGAAGGAGCGCAUCACCGCCAAGAACGCGCUCGAGUCCUACUGCUUCAACAUGAAGAGCACCGUCGAGGACGACAAGAUGAAGGACAAGAUUUCCGAGAGCGAGAAGACUCAGAUCCUCGACAAGUGCAACGAGACCGUCAAGUGGCUCGACGCCAACCAGCUGGCCGAGAAGGAGGAGUACGAGCACAAGCAGAAGGAGGUCGAGGCCGUGUGCAACCCCAUCAUCACCAAGCUGUACCAGGGCGCCGGUGGCGCGCCCGGUGGCAUGCCCGGUGGUAUGCCUGGUGGCUUCCCCGGAGCUGGUGGUGCCGCCCCUGGCGCCGGCGGUGCUGGAGGCGCUGGCCCCACCAUCGAGGAGGUCGACUAAACCAAUCGACGUCCAACGGUCAACCCGACGGCCUACCAAACGGACAACCCAACUGACAACCCAUCAAACACAUUCAGUGCUGACAUUCCUACGGUAACAAAAAUCAUGAUUUGAUAAGUCGUUCAAUAAAAAAAUUAUUUCAUUUCCACCA